UAUAAGAUUGGCAAAGAAGUUAUACGAUGAAGUGAGUGAAUGGGAAUCAGUUUGCUAGUCAUCUUGUUUGUACUUGAAAUUGGUUCUGGACAAAUGUACAUUUAUAAGAUGUGAGUUCAACUGAGUUCAAUACGCCACCUAAAGUGAGCUUGGCAGGUCACACCGGAAAUUCUUGAGGGGAAACUUUUCAUAAUGAAGUGGCAAUCUAGCGUCUGAGCGCCUUUGUUGAAGUAAAAGCAUACAUGUGAUUUGUAUAGAACUGAUCUCCUACUCUUGCCUUGUAUAAAGACGGACAUAUUUUACGCUGGUUGUGGAGUUAUUAAAAAGAGAGAGAGAGAGAAAGAGUAGUUAAAUAGUCUAUUAGCAUCGGUGGUGGCCUUCAAGGUCGUUAUGCGCUAGGCAAUGACUAAUGAGAUACGACGUGAUUUAACUAAUGACCGUAGAAGAAGGGAGACUGGAAAUCAGAAGGAAAUACUUGCUACUCACGCUAGUCAGCUCAAAUACUUGGACACUUGCUCAAGAAGUGAAUCUGACCGGCAAAACAAUUAUAGUGACAUAGCAACAUUGCCCGGGGUUAAAGUUCCCUUUGUAGUCCGGCCGGAGCCCUUACCUCGUAAGACAAUGAGGAACAGUAUACGAAAAUUACCGAGAAAAUAUAGCUCUGCCAAGGAAAAGAAAAAAGAAGCGGAAAAGGAUAAACGGAAAGUGUCAGAAAGCGAAAAACCGAAGCAAAAUGGAAAGGAAGUCAAUGCUUCCUCCCCAGCCAAAAAAGAGACGAUGUAUGAUAUUGCUACGGCGGCUGCUAACAUUCAACAAACAGACACUGAUUGUCACGAGGGUGCAACCGUUACGUGUGAUAAGGUAGUAGUUACGCAAAUGGAAAGACCUGUAUUAGGGUCCCUAGAUGCAUCAGAGUUAAUGCUAGUUAGCUCGGACAAAGGAGACCUCGGAACUAUGCAGGUACUCGUAAAUAAAAAUUCUGAAGACUCGACUGCGUUAUGUACGACUAAAGACAAUAAUGGAGAGACUCCACUUCACAAGGCUGCCAAGGGUGGUUACCUGAAAUGUCUGAAAUUUCUUGCAUCCCAAGUACCUGAUCAGGUUUCCAGCCUGGACAAUUCAGGCAUGACACCCGCAGCUCAUGCUGCAAAAAAUGGUCACGUGAAUUGUCUGAAAUGGUUAGUAGAAGAAAGCAGUGCUUAUGUUGAGCUUGCCGUACGAGAUGGACAGACUCAUUUAUUACAUCAUGCUGCAUCAGAAGGAAUGGAACAAUGUUUGAUUUAUCUUCUGGCCUUCAUGGAAAAACGCAAGAUUACAACAGAUAUCAUUGACGCAACUGGGCAAUCACCCCUACACGCAUCCGCUAAAAUGGGUCAUCCGGCUUGCAUUCAAACAUUGGUUGAACAUGGUGCCGAUGUUCUGGCGAAAGAUCACGAAGGCUUAACAGCGUCAAGUGUCGCCUAUAUACAAAAACAAUCGAUAUGUUCAAGAUAUUUAUUAAUGGCCGAGUCUUGUUGGAUCUUGGCAUCUCGUGUAGCAACAUUGUUUCGUGAAGUAAACGGAUAUAAGAAGGAGAACAAAGAACUUAAGAAAUCUGUUGAGAACUUGAAAGCAAGAAAAAAGUCGUUUCCAAAAGAUUUGCCGCAUAGACCUGAGACUGUUGGGGCGCUUGUUGAUGAAUGUGGCAAUCAAAUAGAAGAUAUUUCUCAAAGUGAUAAAAAAGUUUCGAUUGGAAUUCGAGAACGUAAUUUUCCUGAUGGAGAAAGCCCUAAGAGCACUUUUACUGAAGCCGAUAAACGACGACCGCAGAACAUUUCUCCAAGAAGUCGCAUGAUCAAUUCAGAUCCUGAAGUACAGGAUGUACAACAUCUUAAACUAGUGCGUCAAGGAAGUAAUACAAGUGAUUCUAUUCCUGUUGUUUCAACAACAGGCAUUGCUGAAAUACCCCCCGCUGAAAAAGUCAAGGCUAAAGAGAUUGCCAUGGUAACGCAUCAGCUGAUGUCAACUCGGCGUUUACAACUUGUGAAAAAUAAAAAAACGAAAGACACGAGUCCACCUGAAAUUGGAAAAUUUAAACCCGAUUCCAAAUCACAGACGUCAGUUGAUGAUAGCGCUGUUGUUAUGCGAAGAUCUAACACGAGAAAUAAAAAUAAUAGACCAAAAUCUCUUUGUGAUAAAGAUCUAAGGUUCAUGCGAUCUGCUAGUGAUGUCGCUUUCAACCGUAGCAAACCAAACCAAGGUAUCUUAGAACGCCGAGCUUCCUGUACAGAAAUCAACAAGCAAUCGAAACUUGAAGAAAAUGAAACCACCAGUCAGAAAACAAGCAAAGAGAGCUCAGAUUCGGAUCUCUCGCCUACAGACCAAAACCCUGAAAAGGAAACAUUUUGGGACAAUGUCGGCGCGAGGAAACUUCUCUCGCGAAAAAAGAAUACAAAACCGCGGUCAUUAUCUGGUGGACUUAGUGACCUACAGACUGUAUCUACAGAUAAAAUACUCGAGUUGUAUGCACGAGAAUCACGUGGGAGUUCAUCUCGAAUCAAUAGCCUCAUUGAGGAGGAAGAUAAGAACAGCCUGGGUAUUGGCAGAAGAACAAUGUCAUCACUUGAACUUAAAUCACACGCAUGCGUGCGAGAUGGGAGCAUCCACGCAAGUUUUCGUGAGCCACGAUUGAAGUUGCAAGCACUGAGUGAUCUUAGGAUGUCUGAAAGGUACACGGAAAGUACGUCAAAAUCCUGUGAUCAGAAACCUAAAGUCGAGAAGAGAAUCCGUCCUGUCGCAAAACCUCGUUUAAAAAUUCGUUCAUCUAGUGAGACAAAUGUAUUGAAACAAACUGUUGAGUGUUUUACUACAAGUGAAGUUCAUAGAACUGUCAGGGCGGAUAAUUUAGAUCAUCUAAAAGAAGAUGUACAUUGUUUUAAAAAUACCCUGGAUAAUUAUGGAUACGCUUUGGAUCGCGAUAGAGAGACACAAGACAGUCAAGAAAAUCUAGAAUGUACUGACGUUUAAAGUUUUCUGAAAAAAAAUUGUGCUAAACUAUGGAAGACCAUGAUAGUGCAUUGACGAAUUCCGGCUCUAUAGCAUGAAAAGAAAACGUUGUAAUGAAUUCAUAGUUUUUAUAUAAUAUUGUAUAAUAUACGGGGAAUUAUAUACAUUUAUAAUUCU